GAAAAAAAGAAAAAAAGAAAAAAGAAAAACUCGAUCCCUGAUGUCUGUCCGCAUACCACAUGCAUUCAGUUAUCAACUUGUCAUGAGACUCAUCACCCGGACUGUAUCGUAAAGUGGUUUAGUAAUCUCCCGACUGUGAUUUGGCUUUCAAAUUGAAAAAAAAAUUUCUUUCUCUUGGUAGGAGAUUUGAAUUGUCUGAAAGCAAGAGAUCUUAAUUCCCUCCAAUUUCUGCAACUAUACUGGUUCUCUUUCGCCGUUGAUAAUGGCGUCUUCAAUGUUCAACAACAGCAUCUCUAUCUCAAUGUCGGACGACGAUUCGGACGAGCUCGCUGGAAAAAUGAAAGUUCGAGUUCGAAGGAAGCGCAAGAAAUUAGGGUUCCGAGGAAAGAACAAUUUUUUCCUGAGGAUGUUCUGGAAGCUAAUGAAGUGGUGGACGGUCUUGCUCUUUCUUCCCGCAAUCGGAUUGCUCAUAUUCGAGUCAUCGAGGAUUUCCGGGAAGCCCAGUGAAGUAAAGAAGCCGGACUUUGUCGCAGAAGAGAAAGCAGUGGGGAAUUUGAAUCGUCUUGAUCCCACGACCAGAGUGGUUGGUGGGGUCAGAGAACGUUGCUUGAAGCUCCUGCCUCCAGAACAACUUGAGAUUCUGGAUAUCCCUGUAGCUGAAGAAACAAGCUUUCCUGUGAGAAGAGUGGUAUACAAAUCAGAUAGUGGCACAUCAUAUUUAGGGGGCAAUGCUAUUCUAUUAGAGAGGCACACGGAGGCUACAAGAUUUAAUUUAUUCACGGGAAACCAAACUCUUCAGGAAAGGGAACAAAGUUAUAAGGCAAAUGAAACUGCUGUGGUGCAUUGUGGUUUCUACAGUGAAAAUGGUGGGUUUAGAGUUUCUGAUGAGGACAAGAAUUACAUGAAAACUUGCAAAGCUGUUGUAACCACUUGUGCAUUUGGUGGUGGAGAUGAUCUCUAUCAGCCUAUUGGAAUGUCCAGUGCAUCACUUCAAAAGGUCUGCUAUGUGGCAUUUUGGGAUGAAAUCACACUUGCAGCUCAAGAAGCAGAGGGGAAGAGAAUUGAUGAAAACCAUAUGAUUGGUAAAUGGCGCAUUGUGGUCGUCAGGGAUCUUCCUUUCACAGAUCAGCGGCUGAAUGGUAAAAUCCCUAAGAUGCUGAACCAUCGACUAUUCCCUCAAGCAAGGUAUUCAAUUUGGGUAGAUUCCAAAUCUCAAUUCCGGAGGGAUCCACUGGGUGUUCUUGAAGCCCUUCUUUGGCGCACAAAUUCCUCACUAGCAAUUUCAGAACAUGGAGCACGCAGUAGUGUCUAUGAUGAGGGUAAGGCUGUAGUGAAGAAAAACAAAGCAACGCCAGAAGAAGUCAAAGAGCAAUUGACUCGGUAUCGGAAUGAUGGUUUCCCAGAUGAAAAGAGGUUCAAUGGCAAGAAAGCUUUAGCUGAGGCAUCUAUCAUUGUGAGGGAGCACACACCGUUGACAAACCUAUUCAUGUGCCUCUGGUUCAACGAGGUGGUUCGUUUUACUUCACGGGAUCAAUUAAGCUUUCCAUAUGUUCUUAGGCAACUGAAAGUGUUGAAGAAUGUAAAUAUGUUCCCUGUUUGUACUCGCAAAGACCUUGUCAACAGUAUGGGUCACAAGCGGAAGGUUAAACCUCUGACAAGUUGAGAUUUUUGGUGGUCUUGAAACUCCCCUCGGGCCUUUAACAUUGGACUAAAUGUGGCUGUACUCCCUUUUUAGGUAUGGGGGUAUCUGCAUCACUGAAUAAGGUUCAUGUCCUAUGUUGCUGUUCUUUCCACUAAUUGCUUUAUUUGGUCUGUGAAAUUGUUUAUCCAACUCCCCCCCCCACACACACACAAGGAGAAGAAGAAUGUAGGUUCUUGCUGUUCCAACUGUUUGAUCUUUUUGCUAAAAUUACUUAUGACCAUUUUCUAUUUCUCAUUUAUUAUCUUCUGGAAAUGGAAUUCCAGGAAGGAAUGCUAUCGUCAUUUUCUGAUGUUUUA